GACACUUCCGUUGCAUACCUGCGUGACGUUACGUCUGUAAAAAUUUUACCCUCAUGCGCUUAAAGAAGUUUCACUUCAAAAAUUGAACUCCCAAAGUGCAACUGAGAUAAUUCUCGAAACUGUGAUGAUAAUGCAAGACCUUACCCACUGAGUCUCUCGCCUGAUCUGGUAGUAGAUUCAGCAAAGCCCUGCUCUUGCUAGGGCUAGUGUUAGCAAUUCUCUCAGGUUGAGCUCGUGAGCUCACCUACACGUCAAGGAGAAGCUGAUAUAGCCUCUCAAGGCUAUCAGCAUAGUUUCGAGCUGAUGCAAUUGCCUUCGAGAAACAUUGCGUCAUGGGUUCGCAUCAUCAGCGGUCGUAUUUGAAAUUGAUUUAUUGCAAUGGAGAUAUAAUGCAGCUUUUACCUUAUUGGUGGAGGUUCCAGUGCGGCAAUUUUUCAGCCAAUCAUAACACAGCACGGAUAGCGUCAUUCCCCAGAACGCCGAACCUAUAUAAGCCGUUGUAACGGUUUUCGCCGCAUUCACAUUCGUUUGGCAAGCCACUUAACCGGUCGCGCUGAACGACGACUGAUUAUAAUUUAAUUCUACAUUUAAGCAUAGAAAAAAACUCAAAUCAAAAUGCGUGAGUGCAUCUCUGUACACGUUGGCCAAGCCGGAGUCCAGAUCGGUAAUGCCUGCUGGGAGCUUUACUGCCUGGAGCACGGCAUCCAGCCUGAUGGCCAGAUGCCCACAGACAAGACCAUCGGGGGUGGAGACGAUUCUUUCAACACUUUCUUCAGCGAGACCGGAGCUGGCAAGCACGUACCCCGUGCUGUCUUCGUCGAUCUUGAACCUACUGUUGUUGAUGAGGUCCGCACUGGCACAUACAGACAGUUGUUUCAUCCAGAACAACUUAUUACUGGUAAGGAAGAUGCGGCCAACAACUAUGCCCGUGGUCACUACACCAUUGGAAAGGAAAUCGUAGAUUUGGUUUUGGACAGAAUCCGCAAGCUCGCUGACCAGUGUACCGGUCUGCAAGGAUUCCUGAUCUUCCACUCCUUCGGUGGAGGUACCGGCUCUGGGUUCACUUCCUUAUUGAUGGAGCGUCUCUCCGUUGACUACGGCAAGAAGUCUAAACUGGAGUUCGCCAUCUACCCCGCGCCUCAGGUUUCCACUGCCGUCGUCGAGCCCUACAACUCUAUCCUCACCACCCACACAACCCUUGAGCACUCUGACUGUGCUUUCAUGGUCGACAAUGAAGCCAUCUAUGACAUCUGCCGCCGUAAUCUCGACAUUGAGCGCCCAACCUACACCAACCUGAAUCGUCUCAUCGGACAGAUUGUCUCCUCGAUCACUGCUUCUUUGAGAUUCGACGGCGCUCUGAAUGUGGACCUCACCGAGUUCCAGACUAACUUGGUGCCUUACCCCCGUAUCCACUUCCCACUGGUCACGUACGCGCCAGUCAUCUCUGCCGAGAAGGCCUACCAUGAACAGCUUUCCGUCGCCGAGAUCACAAACGCAUGCUUCGAGCCCGCCAACCAGAUGGUGAAAUGCGACCCCCGUCAUGGCAAGUACAUGGCUUGCUGUAUGCUGUACCGUGGUGACGUCGUACCCAAGGAUGUGAACGCGGCCAUCGCUACCAUCAAAACCAAGCGUACUAUCCAAUUCGUCGACUGGUGUCCAACCGGUUUCAAGGUCGGUAUCAACUACCAGCCACCCACCGUGGUGCCCGGAGGCGACUUGGCCAAGGUUCAACGUGCCGUCUGCAUGUUGUCCAACACCACCGCCAUCGCCGAAGCUUGGGCUCGCCUUGACCACAAGUUCGACCUCAUGUACGCCAAGCGUGCUUUCGUGCACUGGUACGUCGGUGAGGGUAUGGAGGAGGGAGAGUUCUCCGAAGCCCGUGAGGACCUGGCUGCCCUCGAGAAGGAUUACGAAGAAGUCGGCAUGGACUCCGCUGAAGGCGAGGGUGAGGGAGCCGAAGAGUACUAAGCCAAUGAAAUAUCUUUUAUGGCGCACUCGCACCGUUUUACAUUCCGGUGAAAUGAAAUAAAAAAAUGAUGUAUCGAAAA